CCCCGCCCGCUUCCCGCCCCGGCACCCAGCUCGGCGGCCACUGCACUAGGAGCAGCCCCGGGCGGCGCAAAGGUCCCCGCCAUGUCUGCGGCUAUGAGGCAGAGGUUCGACCAAUUCCUGCACGAGAAGAACUGCAUGACCGACCUCUUGGCCAAGUUGGAGGCCAAGACAGGCGUGAACCGCAGCUACAUCGCGCUCGGUCUCAUCGGGUUGCUGGCCCUGUACCUGGUGUUCGGUUAUGGAGCUUCUCUCCUCUGCAACCUGAUAGGAUUUGGCUACCCAGCCUACAUCUCGAUGAAAGCCAUCGAGAGUCCCAACAAAGAUGAUGACACUCAGUGGCUGACCUAUUGGGUAGUGUAUGGUGUGUUCAGCAUUGCCGAGUUCUUCUCUGACCUCUUCCUGUCUUGGUUUCCUUUCUAUUACAUGCUGAAGUGUGGCUUCCUGCUGUGGUGCAUGGCCCCCAGCCCUUCCAAUGGCGCUGAGCUCCUCUACAAGCGCAUCAUCCGUCCUGUCUUCCUGAAGCACGAGGCCCAGGUAGACGUUGUGGUCAAAGACCUGAAGGACAAAGCCAAGGAGACUGCAGAUGCCAUCACCAAAGAAGCCAAGAAAGCUGCCGUGAAUUUACUGGGUGAUGAAAAGAAGAGUACCUAAGCCAUGACUGGAUGGACCCUUUCUGCCCUCUCUAUACCUUCUUAUUAGAGCUUGAUAAUACUAUAUUAGGGAUGUGGUAUAAUCGUUUUAAUGUUGCCUUGGACACAUUUUUAUAUAUUAAAAAAAGAAAUGUGUUGGAUUUUUUUUUUUUUGGCUUUUACUAUCUAUAUACAUAGGAACAUUUUAAUUUAAUGUAAUUUUGGAAAGUAUAUUUUGCCUCUGGGUAGGAAGAGACAUGUUACUCUCCUACAGGAAAUAAAAACUUAAAUUAUGUAUCCCACAGGCAUUAUACCUCACUGGUCUCUAUCUGCAUGCAUUCUCUCUGUGCUUCUACUUUAAGAUACUCUAUGGUUCUACUUCAUGUAAUGUACAAUUUUGUAUGAAAAGUUUUUAAUGUAUUUGUGCAUACAUUUCUGUAGAAAAAUAUUAUAACAUGCAUAGUGCUCAUGGAGAGCGACUGCCAAAACUGAAGACUCCUUCCUUUGUGCUGGUGUGAUCUGCUAAAUAAUACUGCAAAAAAUUAAUACAAAUAUUUCAAAGUUAGUUAAGUGAUAAAUGAAUUUGAAUGGAGAGUGCCCCCCUUGUUUUCCUACCAUUGUAGUAUCUAAAUAUUAGAACUUUGUAAAGCAGUCACUUUAGUGAUAAAUGGGGAAAUGUACACACAAGUUAGUAAUUAAAACUCCCAGUUCUGUGUAGAACUCAUAAUACCAUUUUGUGGCCUUUUAAAAAUCUGCUUAUAAGCUUUAGAUGUCUCUGUUUUAAGAUGUUAGAGUUUCUUAAACUUUAAGCUGGUUUCAUUUUCAAAGGUAACAUGUUAGUUUACUCUUGUUUUACUUCCUAGUCUUUUUUUAAACACCAUUUUAAGGAACUGCCCACCUCUGAUUCCAUAUCCUUGUUUAUGUCAUUGGUAAUAAAUAUCAUGAUGAUAUGAAGUUUCAAGAGCAAUGCUGACAAAAGGAAGUAUAAUAUUACCUAUAAUACAGUUGGCAGUGGUUAAACCAGCUAACCUAACCUUCUUUCUCUGGCCUUUUGGUCAAAUACAAGAGACACUUCUAGUAAACUAUUCACAGUACCUUGUAGCCCACUUAAAUGUUAUCAUUUUUAUGCAUUCUGUUGUUUACCUGCAUUUAACUUCAGAGCAAAAAGAGUAAAGUGAUAUCUGAAGCUGGAUCAAAUAACAGAGGUCUUAAUAACUUAUCAAGACUAGAUAACUGAGCUUUACACCAAUACUACUGCUGAGAUCCUUCUAACAAGACUGUCACAGAACUAACAAGAUUAAAUAUCCAGCUUGUAAAAUAUUUGUUGGGCAAACAGAGCUGGUUAACUCUCUUUUAGGUAACAAUUAAAAUUGUAACAUGCUUCAUGAUAUAAAAUGAGACAUUACACAAAUAUUAUAUGGAUCAGGGCUUUAGUUUUUUUUUUUUUUUUUUUUUCCUGAAAAGCAGUGGUAAUCAUCUUAGUAAAUUUACUUCAAAGAAAAAAAAUCAGAAAGCAAAUAAUUGUAUUGGGAGAAAAAUCAAGCCUUAGCUUUUUGUUUUUAAAAAAGUAUUUUUAGAAAUAUUUGAAUCUCUUUCCCGACAGAUAAAGCAUACUUUUCUUGGUGGCAGAAAAAUGAAAAUUCACAACUACCAGAAAUGUAAUUGUUAGUAUCAAGAACAUAUAACUUUUACUCUACAGAAUAUAUUACAAGGCAAAAGAGGGAAGCAUAAGUUACUACUGCUCAUACUGCUUAUAGGCUAAUAAGUUUAAAAACUAUACUAAGAAAAUAUAUUCUGAAUGCAACUUUUUAUCCAUAUAACUUUCUCCUACAGUGCAUUUUGCAAGAAAUUUAAGUUACUAUUUUUGGCAGUCAAAGUGUACAUAUUAAUGACAGAAGUUUUGAGUUAAACAAUUCUCAGUUUAGAUUUCCCAAACAAUAUGUUGCUAUGGUAAUGUAUUUGAAAAACUAAUUAAACCUGUGUUUAGCUAGAAAACAAGCAUUUAUGAGUACCUAAAUGGUAUUUCAGGGGUAUGUAAAAUUAAGAAUCCUUACAGCAGUUAGAUUUCAAAUCAAGUUACUGCUACCCUGAGACUCUUCUACCCACAGCUUGAAGAAAAUGAGCUUAAUAUUUAAAUAAAUAUGCCCUAUCAUGGAGAUGUGUUAUAUUAAGUGGAAAGGAUGUAAAUAAAAUUCCGUUAUCUCAGUGAA